AUGGAAGCUAUCUAUCCCACUUUUGAUGAAUCUGAGGAGGCUGCUGUUUCAACGUAUGUGGAAGUGUGCAAAGCUUACGACCGAGUUUUUCAACGAAUUGGAGUUCCAUUUAUCAAAGUGGAAGGUGAUUGUGGGAACAUUGGUGGCAGUUUUUCUCAUGAGUACCAUUAUCCAGCAGCAAUAGGUGAAGACACACUUCUUCUUUGCCAGAAAUGUGGAACUGCAACUAAUGCAGAGCUCUUGACAGAUUCCUCCCAUGUUUGUUCUGGUUGUGGGGAGCACUUGACAAAAACCAUGGGGAUUGAGGUGGGUCAUACAUUCUGUCUGGGAACAAAGUACUCGAAACCAUUGAACUGUUGCUAUCAGAGAAAAGGAAAACCUUCAUUGAUGCAAAUGGGCUGUUAUGGCCUUGGAGUAUCACGUAUUCUGGCUGCAACUGUUGAGGUUUUAUCACAAGGGGAACAGAUCAGAUGGCCCUGGAUUCUUGCUCCAUAUAAAGUGUGCAUCAUUAGCCAAAGCAAAGGCAGUGUCAUGGUGAAUCAUCUGGCACAGGUGAUCAGCAACAUUCCCUCUUUGCAAGAUGAUGUUAUCAUAGAUGACAGAGAAACGUUGACAAUUGGGAAACGUGUUUUGGAAGCCAAGAAGACAGGAUAUCCCAUUAUCAUUGUUGUUGGGAAAAAAGCCUGUGAAUCAGUUCCCUUGUUUGAAGUAAUUAAUGUGGUAAAAGAAUCAACAGAAAAUCUGACCCAAAGACAAGUACUUAAAUACAUUAGAGAAUCCGUAAAGCACUGUAGUGCUUAGUUCAUGAGAGAUGAGCUAUU